UCUGACCCUUAGUUAGCUAGGUCUCAUUUUUCUCAUGACUUCGACAAGUUCUACUGCAAUAAGAUCGACUUUUAAUGGUGGAUUGUUAGGUGAGAGAGGUUAGGAGGCCAGGUAGCUUUGUGCAGAUUAGCUUUGCUCUUGAGCAUUUAUUCUGGGAAUGUAUGAACUUGUAGUUGACGGUUAGUUGGUUCAAUGACCAUAAGCAGUAAUCUUUGGAAAAACAAGUGAACUGUCGCAAGCGUUUACUAGUUUCUACAAAUGUUUAGAUUCCUCUGGAAUUGAAGCACUGCUGCACCGUGUGAGCAUUACAGGACUUGAAGAAAGCACAUUAGCAAUGAGUUACCACCCUGUUCCUGGAGACCCUCCACUACCACAUCCAACACCACAUUCACCAGGCAAGUUGGCACAAUUCAGUUUUCUUAGUACUUAUUUUAACUGGUUUGCUUAUGUUGUAUGAUAACUGAAAUGUCAGGGUUUGGACGCCCACCGCCACUCGACUUUGGGUUCCCACCACCAGAGCACCCUCGUCCUCCGCCUCCUGGUCCUCCGCCAUUGGGGUUCCCCCAUCCUGCACCUCCUGGACCUCUUCCUCCACCAGGAUUUCCUCAUCCUCCGCCUCAUGGACCGCCACCACCUGGCUAUCAAGACUACUUUUAUCCUCCGCCUCCACCACCACCACCACCCUCAACCCUACCUCCACCCCAACCCCCUGCUCGGGAAGAUGAUGACUGUCUUUCAUGUUUCAGAGGCUGUUUAGCUGCACUUUGUUGCUGCUUCCUGUUGGACUCAUGCUGCUUUUAGUAAAUAGAUCAGCUCCUAAAUACCUAUGAGGUUAUGAUCAGUAGUUUGGUUGUUCUGGGCCGCAUCAUUUACUAAAAGAUUAGAUAAAU